UUGGAGUUUGGACAAAAUCCCCAAACUCCAAAAAAUGGUGAGUGUAAGAGUCUUCUCAGGCUCUGCCUCACCUCUCACUUCCUUCGACCACAUCCGACGCAUCCCCUGUCCGCACACUUACCAACCGACAAUAACACUCACUUCGACCAAGACCCUACAGUCUGCCGUCCACGUCAGCACAGCCAUAGCCGACACAAUGGUCAGCCCCCACCCGUCGCUCGAAGUGAUCGGAGGUGCCCUGGACUCUUUCCUCCCCGCAUUCAAAACUCUGGAUCGUCUCUACAAUACAUAUCCCAUAAUUGGAUGGAAUCGGCAUGCCGAGACUAUUUUCGCCGCGUUUUUUCGCUCUCUUCCUGACGUUCGAUUCCGGCGUGAGUGUAUUAGGACCAAGGACGACGGUGCCGUUGCUCUUGAUUGGGUCUCUGGUGACGACCGUCUGUUACCGGCCGACUCUCCUGUCCUCAUUUUGCUGCCAGGUCUUACUGGGGGGAGUGGGGAUACUUAUGUGAGGCAUAUGCUUGUCAGAGCUAGGAGUAAGAGGUGGCGGACUGUGGUGUUCAAUAGCCGAGGCUGUGGAGAUAGCCCAGUGAUAACAUCGCAGUUCUAUUCAGCUUCAUUUUUAGGAGAUAUGGUUGAAGUUGUGGCACAUGUGAGCAAUCGUUACCCAAAAGCUAAUUUAUACGCUGUUGGCUGGUCUCUUGGCGCGAAUAUUCUCGUUCGAUAUUUGGGAGAGGAAUCUCAUACGUGCCCUCUUUCGGGUGCGGCGUCCUUGUGCAAUCCUUUCAAUUUGGUCAUUGCAGAUGAGGACUUCCACAAGGGCUUUAACAUUGUUUAUGACAAAGCUCUUGCAAAUUCUCUGUGCAAAAUUUUCAAGAAGCAUGCUCUUCUGUUUGAAGACAUAGGAGGUGAAUAUAAUAUCCCUUUGGCUGCCAAUGCCAAAUCUGUCAGAGAAUUUGAUGAAGGAUUAACAAGAGUUUCAUUUGGUUUCAAGUCAGUGGAUGACUACUACUGUAGGUCAAGCAGCUCAGAUUCCAUAAAGAAUGUGCACACCCCUUUGCUUUGCAUCCAGGCUGCUAAUGAUCCAAUUGCUCCAUCAAGGGGAAUACCUCGUGAAGAUAUCAAGGAGAAUCCAAACUGUUUGUUGAUAGUGACACCCCAAGGUGGCCAUUUAGGGUGGGUCGCUGGCACUGAAGCUCCUCGUGGAGCUCCUUGGACCGAUCCUGUGGUGAUGGAUUUCCUAGAACACCUCGAAAAUGUGGAGGCUCUGAAACAUUGUACAGAGAACUUGCAGGUGGUAUAGCUAGCAAGGUAAAUCAUUUAUACCAACAUUGCUGCAUCUACCAUUGGAAUGUGAUUAUAACGAUCAAAGUUCAAUAAACGGUUACAAUUAAAUUGGGAAUCAUGUAAAGUUCAAUAAAUAGACUGAAAACAUCUGAAUGGUUAUGAUUUAUGAAUGAAUAAAACUAAAAUAUAC